GUUGUCUCGAACCGCUCCCCUGCCACAGGCGCGACUCUGCGCGACCCCUUUACCUGUCUUCUUGGAUACCCUACAUCAUGUUCUACUCCGAGGCAAUCCUGUCCCGGCGGGGGCCGCUAGCGAAAGUAUGGCUUGCAGCACAUAUGGAGCGGAAGCUCUCCAAGACGCAGACGCUGCAGACAGACAUUGAGCAGUCAGUCGACGCAAUUAUGGGUCAGGAGGUGGAGGUCAUGGCCCUCCGGCUCAGUGGUCAGUUGCUGCUCGGUGUGGUUCGCAUAUACAGUAGGAAAGCCAAGUAUCUCUUGGAUGACUGUAACGAAGCAUUGCUAAAGAUCAAGAUGGCAUUCCGACCAGGAAUUGUAGACAUGACGGAGGAUCAACUCGCCGUCAACCGCAACGCAAUCACACUUCAGGGCAACCAGCUUGAUCUGGAUGCCCUCAUACCAGAUAUCAACUGGGACAUGGACUUUGACGACCAGAUUGUCCAGCCCGGAGGUCAACAUAUCGCCAAGGUCGCCGACAUCACACUGGCCAAUGCAGAGGACUACCAGUUCGAUUUUGAUGACCCAGGAUAUGGCUUUGAUCUCGGGCCUUCCGACGGCAUCGGUUCGCAGGAUUACGAGCCGCUGGGAAUCGACUUCGGCGAGGGCACGGGCGAUGUUGAGGAGAGGCGGUCGGAGGCAGAGGACGAUAGCAUGAGUGUUGGUGUCGGGCGAGAUGCGGCACAAUCAGUUGGCGGACGAGAGUCGCUGGACGCACAAUUCUUCGGCAGGCCAGGUGCGGACAUUGAUUUGGCCUCGGUCCGGAGCAGAGAAGCAUCCGCACGCCCAUUUGACGACAUCGACUUGGACUUCGGGGGCGAUAUCGACCUCGGAAUCAGCUUCGACCCUAUGCCCCUACCUGCCCCUGAACCUAUGCAGAUUGACGAUCAGGCGUUGACACCGCAAACGCCGCGUCUCACGCCGUCGAGAGCCUCAUCACCCCUCACAGAGCCACCACAGACCCCUCCGCCAGGGGUCGAGCUGACACCGAGAGUAGAAGUUCCGGAAGCAGGCAAGGCGCCACGGAAAAAGAAGGAGAAGAAGCAAAUUAUCGACGCUGUUACCGAGCUCGCAGAGGGUCCCGGCGCGCGCGUGGGGCGCGGACGCGGAGCGGCCGUCGGGUCACAGCAAGUAGAUGUAAGCGGCAUCGUCACGGAGCACCAUUACCUACCCGGCUCCUCCGUAGUUAUGCGCCUGCUCGAGAUUCGCGAAGACCCCGUCGCGCACUUCUUGCCGACAAGGACGACCGCCGCGGGCACGUUCUUUUGCGCAGCGCCUCCGGGUCUCACUCCUGAGCUGGCGGAGAUGUUCAUGCGCCCCGUAGAGAGCCUCUCAGCACCAAAGCGUCGCGGCGAGCAAGCGGAGCGACCUCCAAGCAAGAGGGCGAGGGUCGAGGGUACUCCUGCUGCGGAGGAGGAAGUCGAGCAGGCUCGUCGGGCAAGCGUAGCACCAAGCGUGGCUCUCGGCAGCGACGUCCUCGGACGGCCGAGCGUCGCACCCGGGGACCUGGAGUUCGACAAUACGGGCGGCAUCGAGGACUUCCAACUGCCUGAGUUUCAAAUGGAUACUGGCGCGGAGAUGCUACCGGAGGUGGGCCGCGAGAGGUCCGCUGUGCCGUCAGAGUUGUCUCGGCUGUCGACACCACCGCCCGAUGCGCCUGUGGAGGAGGGCGAGGAAUCGUACGCGGACGUGACGUGCCCGAUUGCGAUCUUCGACGAUCGGACCUCGCAGCAGAGCCAGUCGGACAGUCAAGCUGGUGCGAGUGAUGAUGGGAAUGGAUACAGCAAGAACACUGUCAAGGCAUUGACUGUCAUCCGUAAGGAGUUGCAGCCCAUUCCGGGUCAGGAGCAGGAGAAGGCUAUGAGCUUUAGACAGAUGUCGCAGAAGGCGAGCCGCCGUGCUGCAUCUUCAUUUUUCUUCGAGUUGCUUGUAUUGGGCACUCGGGACUGUGUGAAGCUCUCGCAGGCUGCGCCAUUCGAGAACAUCGAGGUGCGGGCAAAGGACAAGCUCUGGGAGCGUCAGCGGCAUGGAUCUGUCGCGCCCUCUAUGGUAUCCGGCCUCCGCCAAUCUUCCGCCGCACCGUCUAUGGCUGCGUCGCCGAGAAGACAGGCCUCUGUCGCCCCUUCCAUCGCAUCGGCGUUCGGCCUAUGAUGUGGAUAUUCCCAUUGACUUUUCUAUACUCACUAACGUUAUUUCUCUUGAUUUCUAUCGAUAUAUUUCCUCGCUUUACUCUUGCGUAUCGUUAUGUUAUACUGAUACGACCUUUCACGACCUCAAUCAAGUACUUGUAUCUCUUGUAGUCUCGAACCAUAGUCGGUGUCGCAGCUUGUCGCUUGUUCUGCCUAUCAGUGUAUUUUGGCAAUGAAUCUAGCUAGAUAGCAUUUC